ACUAUGAGUUUCUCGAUGCCCUAGCAUUGUGUUGUGCAGUUUAGCUACUGUCACCUGUGUGACUGUCACCUAUGAGACCAAGAAAAAACAGAUUUAUCAUCAUCAGAAAAAAAAAGCUUUUGCUCCAAGCUUUUCUCCAACUGGAAACCAGAAUUCCUACCUGGCCGUAGGACGUUAUAUCAUAACGUCCAUGCCUGGCCAAAGAAGAAUCUACCGCACCUGCAGUACUACAUGUUGUCGCCAGGUUGCGACCAAUGAGAAACUACUGUUCUACACAAGACUAAGCACUGAUAGACAUAUUCAAUAUGUCUAUCGGUGCUUACGUCUUAUAUAAUUCUUGGUCUGGAAUAACGUUAGGUAAGGUUUAUAACAUUAAAGGCUAAAGGAAGGUACCUGGUUUUGCUUGUUGUUUCAGUAAAAACAUCUGUCACUCGUACAAGAGCAAAAUACCAAUGGUUUCGCUCCCAACGUCAUGGUUUCGUGUCCUGACAGUUUCGGUCGUUAUGUUGGACAAUGGGGUCAAUGCGAAAGGGGAACACCAAUGCGGUAGUGUCGCUAUUUAUCCUGCGGGGAAUCCCCGAGAAGGCAACGUUUGACAACAGAAACCGCGAGGCGAAAUUCAUUACCACAGCACAAGGGCAUCAUUUACAAGUCUCCGGUAUGCAGUAGCGUUCUGAUCUUCACUCUGCUUUGACUGGUCGAUUUUUUAUUUCUCCCUCAAACCCCAACGAUUUGUUUUGAUACGUUGCGUGUAUGGACGUCGUCUCUAAUACACUGAAGAUCUUCACCGUUGAGUAAAAGCGAUCAAAAUGAAGCGAGGUGGUCAUUAUAAACCCCACUGCACCGUGACAGUCCAGGUCAGCAUACAGAGUAGGGACCCGGCGGCCGCGCACUACCGCCUGGAGUCGUACCUGCUGCGGUAUGCGGACAUCAGCAGGGACCCGCCGCCUAGAGUCGUCAGCACGCCCGCUGCAGCUCAGUACGAGGACGCGGUGGUCAACCUGGAGUUCACCUUAGAGCCGAGGCACGGGACAACCCCGAAACUGUUUUUUGCUGACCUGAGGCGGCGAUGGUGCGCGGACCCCCCGAACUGGGAAGGAGACAGCCGGCCUUGGCUCACAACAAAUCAACGGAACACCUGGUCUGGGUCUGAGACAGGCAUGAGGGCCAUACCAUUACAUGACCUGGAGUGCGCCGGCUUCUCGCUAGGUGCGUUUGUCGGAAGGAGCACGUUCGUCGGCCACUACGACACAGACGACUUGGUCCUGGACAAGACGGUGUCGUUCGAACACGACCGCAGGUUGAUGACCGUGACCUUCCAGCCUUACGUCGACCUGCCGACCUGUAGGUUUGAGGUCGGCUACAAGGAACUGGAGAAAACCGUUCUGGUCCACCAAGAUGGUGACGUCACCUGCCUGUUCUUCUUUCUCAAAUACCCGCUGAAGGUGGGUGGAAAACACCACAUACCUCCAAGAAUAAGUUCCAACAGGGCGUAG